CGCAAUAUCCCUAAACUGUUUUAGUUACUUUUGCGUCGCUUCCCUAGCAUGGCAGCGCUGCGCAACGAGAGCCAACGUUCAAAUUCUAAAUGUGUGGUAAUUGGAAGUCUUCUCACGAGGCCUUUGUGUGAUCGGUAAAUUGUCAGCUAAUUAAGAUAUCAGCGUGCUAUUACUUUAUUGUAGCGAUACUUUUGUCCGUAUUCUGAACUCACUUUUAUCGAUAAAAGUGCCUUAAAUGUGACUUAGCUGAUUAAGCGGUUCCUCCGCCAUGUUUAAAAGCACUUUUAUCGAUAAAAGUGAAUUUAGAAUAUACCAUUAUCUAUUAAUUGCAAAUAACGAGCUCGACUCGUUUCCUAUUCCUGAACUGACUGCGUUAGUUAGAAAAUGCUGUGUUUCGAUAUUCGUUGUCAGUAGUGGAAAUCUAUAGUUUAUGUUACGUAUACUAUAGAUUUUCAAUCGUCUUCUUGAACUAGUGCAGCCAAUUCAGGAGUAGAAAACAGAUAUAUUGAAAAAAACACCUGCAAACCUUUGUACCACUGAGUAUGUGUACAGACAAUUAUGUUGGCUGUUAUGUUCAAUAUAUUCACUGCCAACAUCUAUUCUUCAUAUUAUGUAUAUUAUAAAUUUUCAGUAUUUAGUAGUAAAUAUAUGAACACCCGUUUUAUACAUAAAAUAGCCGUAUCACAGCAAAGUCGCGUUAUUAAACUAAUCGUUGCCGCAGUAGGCAACGUAUACAAAAUAUAGCUCCGGGAGAGCGAAUGUUUUUUUUUCAAUGAACAAUGAUUAACUUUUUCCAUGCAUAAAUAGUGUGUAAAGUUCACUCCUGUUCUGCGAAUACUAUGCACAUAUAGUUCGCGCAUGCGCAAUAUUGUAAGCAGUCCAAGGCCGCCUCAAAACAUUCGAAGCAUCCGGAGUUACUCGAGGAAAAUUUGUAUUCUUACAUCAAUAUUAUUAUUGGGAAAGUCGAUAAAAAUUCGAUAAUACGCAAGCUCGAUACUUCACGAGUGAUUUGUUGCCGGAAAUUCGGCAGAAGAUUGUUCGAAGCUGGCAGGAAGGGAUAAAUUCUUCAUGAUUUCAUCAAUACAAUACGUCGUAAACUUUCCUCCUGGCGUGUAUAUAUCCAGGUCGCACUCACACUCACGUUCGUAGUCAUCGCGCGUUUCUGUUCGUGAUAGUUUCGUGAUAAGAAACUUGUCGUACGUACACACACCGCUCGUGUAAACCUCGAGAGUGUAAACUUGGAUCGAUUGCUCGAUUACUCGCCCGAAACGAUCCCCGUGAAUUUCGGAAAACGAAGAAAACGAGUGCUUCCCUUUGCGCGCACUUUCUUUCCCGAAACGUGCGAAUUAGCGACUCCUCGCGUCUCCGUCGCGCAAUUUCGCGCGUCGCUUUCUCGAAAGUUGAGCGCCUGAGUGGAGGGAAAAAAAAAAGUGAAAAAGAGAAAGGAAAAGAGACCGCGCUUCGUACGUUGUGAAACGUGGGACACGCGAAUUUCACUACGCUCGUGAUUACCAACGCGGACUAGCAUCUUUGGUAAGAUGAAGGAAAUAAUGAACCAGGAUGAAGCCGACAUGACAACACACGAACUAAUCGAAAGUCACGGUUAUAUCGCCGAAACCCAUCAUAUUUGGACGGAAGAUGAUUAUCGUUUGGACGUACAUCGCGUGCUUCCUCCCGAUGAUCGGAUACCGUCCGUGUCAUUAGAAGCUCACACCGUCGACUGGACUGCUGUCAUUGAUUAUGAUAAAAAUCAUAAUUCGUCCAUACCUCCCGAGUCGUGUGAUCGGGUCUCAGAAGCUCCUGGUAUAGUUGCAUCCUCGAAAGUACCAGUUCUCGUAUUUCAUGGACUCUUAUCCAGUUCCGCAGAUUGGGUGCUACUGGGAUCUCAUAAUGCCCUUGCAUACAUUCUUUGCGAUAAUGGGUACGACGUUUGGCUUGGAAACGCACGUGGCAAUAGUUACUCAAGAGGCCAUAAACGUUACUCGGUUAACGACAGCGAGUUUUGGAAUUUCAGUUGGCACGAGAUCGGAUACUAUGAUAUACCGGCGUUGAUAGAUUAUAUCCUGGAUAAAACUGGCCACGAGAAAUUGUAUUAUAUUGGUUACAGUCAAGGUACAACCGUAUUCUACGUUAUGGGGAGUGAGAGACCCGAAUACAACGACAAGGUCAAAAGUAUGAUAAGCUUGGCGCCUAUAGCGUACAUAGGAAAUCAAAAAAGUCCGCUUCUAAAAUGCCUCGUGUAUUUCCUUCCUCUUUUAGAGUGGGGAUCAGUCGUUUGCAAUAUAAAUCAUUGCUUCCCGCGUAACAAAUGGUGGCAGACGCGUAUAUUAAGCUCCUUCGUACGCACAGCUCCCCGCGCGAUGACAAGGGGUUUCUGUUAUUGUUGGUUUCAUCUUAUCGCUGGAUUUGGCAGCAAUCAACUCGAUAAGUCCAUGCUGCCUGCGAUAUUCGGACAUUUUCCGGCUGGUGCUUCGACCAAGCAGGUGUUACAUUUUGCUCAGCUAAUCAACUCCAAAUCUUUCCAGAAAUACGACCACGGUGCUAAGCUGAACAAGACGUUAUAUGGUUCCACCGUGCCACCUGAGUAUAAUCUCAGUAAAGUAAAGACACCUGUGACAAUUUUUUACAGCGAGAAUGACUUUCUAACUCACACUACUGACGUCCUAAAACUGGCGAGAAAAUUACCAAAUAUUAUACAAGUCAAGAAGAUAAAAUAUGAAAAGUUCAAUCAUAUUGAUUAUCUUUGGGGCCGUGACGCGAAAGCACUCCUCUACACUAAGAUCGUGAAAGUAUUGAAGAAACUUUAAUAUGUUACAAUAAUAUUUAUUUUAAAAAAUAAUUUUAAGAAAUAAUUGGCUUCUAUUUAUAUGUGUGUGCCUGUAUACUAUACUAGUGCUCGACUCAGGAAUAACGUUUUUUUUUCACUUUUAGAGAUUAAGUAAAUUGUAACAGUUACAGUAUCGCUUCUUGCGAAAUAUGAAGGGAAACGGCAUUUCUAAUCAUAUCACAGCGGAAUCCAAAGAUGUCAAAAAUAUAUGUUAAUUAUCGAUCAAAUCAUUGUCAAUAGGUGCAUUUAAUAUUACAAUGCGCCCAAUGAGCUCUUGCAUUUGAUUAACAUAUUUAUAAAAUUUUAAAAAUAUACACCAAUCAGAUGCGUAAGCUCACUAAACGCUCAAUGAGUAGUACUAGAUGCACACAUACGGUCUUUUUAGCUGAACUGGCUGUGUUAGUUCAGGAAAUUUAUGCAUACUAAAUUUCUUGAACUAGCGCAGCCUGCUCAGCUAAAAAGAACAGACAAAUGUUAUCUUCUCGGAUAGCACCAGACAUUUCAGAAUUAUCCUGGGCACAUCCAGAAUGGUGUCGAAAUGUUUUAUGCUAUCUAGAUUAUUAUAAUCGUGUAAUACAAAAAGAGAAGUAAACAGUUCAAUAAGAAUUUUUAUGAUAAAAAACAUGUUAGUUCCUAAACAUUUAAUUUCUAAGCUCAAAAUUUUUCCAGUGAACAUACACAUUUUUGUAUCAUAUAUUUAGAGAGAUAAAGGUAAAAGUAAAAAUUGCGAAACACGAAAUGUUAAAUAAAAUUUUUUUAACUGUUUAAAAAAGUCUAACCGGAAUAAAAUUAUUUUAGCUUAAGAGUAUUCUGUAUGUGUGCUAUAAUCGCUACAAUUCCUUCCUUUCACUCGUUACCGACGACAGAUGAUUAUCGUGUGUUGUCAUUCAAGAAAUUACAAACAGCUGAUUGUACAGCUUCGAUAAUCAAAUGAGAUUUGUGUUAUCUUAAAUAAUUCUGAGAUAAACUUGAAAGCUUGAUAUAAGAAAUGUUCUCUUCUACGAGAUAACCGCCGUUCAUCCAAAGUAUGUUAGUUGUCAUAUAUCGGAGGUAACCUAUUUUCAACAUUACGUACACAUAUGAGAAACGCAAUUAUGGCGUUGAAAUUUGCCAGUAACUUAUCCUUUAUGUUUACGGAAGUGCCCAGCAUUAUUGACAGAUAUCAAUUAGCAAA